GCUUGAAGCCUAUAUCUAUCUUGGACUAGCUACAAUCACACCUCAAGAGAAGGAUUGACUGCGCAGUGUACUAUGCUUACAACGACCCUUGUAUCAUAGUACUGAAGCCGAACUACAAAUUGAAUAAUGGCAUCCAAGAUAAUUGUAAUUGGCGGCGUUAACUGCCAGCUUAAAGAAGUAUUCACGAAGCUAGCCAAACUCCAGGCCAAGCAAGCUUUCUCAUUUGCUAUUGUUGUCGGCGACCUAUUUGGCAGCUGCUCAACCGAGCAGGAACUAGAUGAGAUCUCUGCGUUGUUGCAAGGAAACAUUAAUGUGCCACUCCCAACCUACUUCACUCUGGGUAGCCGGCCUCUUCCUACCAGAGUAAUUGAAAGAAUCGAGGCCAACGACGAAGUUUGUCCCAAUCUCUACUUCUUGGGCAGACGCGGCACUCUGAAAACCUCUGAGGGUGUCCGGCUAGUCGCUCUUGGUGGUAAACUAGAGACAGAAAGUAAAUCAUCCGAAAAAUACCAUUCAGGAUACACAGAAUCGGACGCCAGGGCCCUCUACGGCUCCCAUUGCGCCGAUAUCCUGAUCACUCAUCAAUGGCCGAAGGGAAUCCGCACGCGCUCUCAGGUGUCCAUACCGGACGAAGCGACCAAGCCUGAAGAAGUGCAAUGCGUUGCAGACCUUUGCUCGACCUUGAAACCUCGCUACCACCUUUCAUCAGCAGACGGCUUCUUCUACGAACGGGAACCAUUCUUCCACAUGCCCCCGGAAGACAACCCCGAGGCAAAACCCCUAACCCGCUUCAUCAGUUUAGCAUCUUACAGCAAGACCUCCAAGCAAAAAUGGAUGUACGCAUUCACACUAGAUCCCAACGCCCCUCCAGCCUUGACCAUCCCAGCCGGCGCAACCGCUUCCCCCCUUAGCCCCGUCCAGGCCAAACGGAAACCACUAUCCAGCCAAAAAGAAUCGUACAGCCGUUUCGCCGUCGAUGAUGACUACAACCGACCUCGCAAGCGUGCUCGCGGUCCCCCUCCAGGCCCAGACCAAUGCUUCUUCUGCCUCUCAAACCCCAACAUCGCCACCCACCUCAUCACCUCCAUCGGCAACGAAAGCUACCUAACAACAGCAAAGGGACCCCUCCCAACAUCCAAAACCUUCCCCUCACUCGGCUUCCCAGGCCACAUGCUGAUCAUCCCCUUCACCCACACCCCGACCCUAAACACCAUCACAGAGGAAGAAAUCCGCCUCUCAACCUACACCGAAAUGCAACGCUACCGCAAAGCACUCCACGCCAUGCUCAGCACUCGCACAAACCGUGCUCUCGGCGCCGUAACUUGGGAAGUCAGCCGCGGCAACGGAAUCCACACCCACUGGCAAUUCCUCCCCGUGCCCGCCGACCUCAUCAACCGCGGCCUCGUCCAGGCUGCCUUCAAAGUCGAGGCAGAGAACCUGAAAUAUCCCAAGUUCGAAUCGCCAUCGUCCGGCGAUCCCAGCGCCGAACCAGGUGAUUUCUUCCGCGUCUGGAUCUGGGGCGCUUCUUCCUCUACCGAGUCAUCUGAGGAUACCGGGACGGAGAAAACACUUCUUCUUCCCCUCGGUCCGGAGUUCCGCUUUGAUCUCCAGUUCGGGCGUAGGGUUAUGGCGAAGCUGAUGGAGCUUGAGAGCCGGAUCAAUUGGAAGAAUGAUGUGCAGUCGCAGGAGGAAGAAGAGGCCGAUGCAGCUGCUUUCAAGGAUGCGUUCAAGGAGUUCGAUUUUACUUUGGAGGAAUGAAGUUAGGGCUUUUUUGUUUGGAUUUUGUGAUUUAUGUGAAUAUAGAAUUCUUCUAUCGCUUCUUCAAAAAUAAAGGAAAGGGUGUUAAGUAUACCAACGAUGUGUGACCUUGUGGUCGUGCUCUUAUAUGUAUGUACUGUAUCUAUACGAACCAGAGUUCUGGCUGCAGCUCGGUGAGCGAUCCGGUAGUAUGAGAAGAAAACCUAUCUUGCUUAUUUAUAGUACUCUAUUCGGCAUUUGCCGAUGCGAAUAUUACUGUAUUGGCUUUAACAGAUUGUAUCCAACUCUUUUUGAGGUUGGCUCGGGAAAGUAAUAAGUUUAG